UUGCGUCGUGACGUCAGCACGUCCCGAGCUCUCGCGAGCGCAGGAAACUGGAGCAGCGACAAACUCUCGCUGUACAUUUCGUUUUAACUCUUUUUUUCUGCAUUAGUUGUUGUUUUUCGCCCUCGAACCGACCGACGAAAGACUUUUCUUGCGGAUAGUGUCGUUUGAAGGGCGCUUUGUGCUUUUAAAGUGGUCGAUUUGUACUUUUAUCCCGGUGUUUUUCCUCAUGGAUCAGAUGGUGACACGUCAGAAUAAUUCACUCUAAUAAACGUGUUGCGUUAAUUUAUAAUUUAAUAGCACGUCAUCAAACGUCGGCGUUAAGUGUUUAUUUUAAAGGCUAAAUUGUUUUAUUCUUGCGCUUUCAUGAGGAUAAUUUAGAUUCUUCUUACUGUAGCUGCUAAUGCUAACUAGCGCAGGCCGCUAUUGGAGUUUAUUUAUAUAUGAGUAUGUUGGUAUUGAUAUGAUUUAUGUGUAUAUUUGAGUGUAUUAAUGGCAGUGGGAAUCUGACGGAGGUCUUUGAUCAGUGAUGUCUUCUCCAUCAUUAAACACUCAGAUCUCUAGUAACGUUAAUGAGUGAUGUUCUCAUUCAUUAUAAAGGCCUCGCUUAUUUUCUUUAUUUUUUUCCCUUAUUCUUCGUCAGAUAAUUAAAAAAAAGUGAUUCGUUAGGUUUUAUGGCUUGACGAAUAAUUUGCGUCAUAGUUGAUAUUUUAAAUGUGUUAGCUGUGAUUGAACUGGAUACAGUAGAGAAGAAGAGACAUAUACCCUGCUCAAAAUCAAGAUGAUGUGCGAGGUGAUGCCCACCAUCAGCGAGGCGGAGGUCGGCAGUAACGGAGGCGCUCUGGGCCCCGGCUCUCCCGUGCAGACGGACUCUGAGGGCCACUUUGAGUCUCUGAUGGUGUCUAUGCUGGAGGAGAGAGACCGACUGCUGGACACGCUCCGAGAGACGCAGGAGAACCUGUGUGUGACACAGAGCAAACUGCACGAGAUCAGCCACGAGAGAGACUCACUGCAGAGACAGCUCAACAGCGCCCUGCCGCAGGAAUUUGCUGCUCUCACAAAAGAAGUGAAUAUGUGUCGAGAGCAGCUGCUGGAGCGAGAGGAGGAGAUCGUUUAUGCUGUCAAUACAAGUCAAUUGUUGCUGGAGCAUCUGGAGUGUCUGGUGUCUCGUCACGAGCGUUCUCUGAGAAUGACCGUAGUCAAGCGUCAGGCUCAGUCUCCCGCCGGCGUCUCCAGUGAGGUGGAGGUGCUUAAGGCGCUCAAAUCUCUCUUCGAGCACCACAAAGCCCUGGAUGAGAAGGUAAGAGAGCGUCUGCGUGUGGCUCUGGAGAGAUGCAGCAUGCUAGAGGAGCAGCUCACAGCUGCUCAUAAAGAGCUGGUGUUUCUGAAGGAGCAGGGCUAUCAGAAGAGGGUGAUGAUUGAUGGGGCAGCAGAAGUGAAUCACAGCUUUGAUGCAGCACCAAACACGAACGGCAAGCGCUUGUCGGACGUCUCUAUGGACGCAGAGGAGGAUUGUGGGAAGGACGGGGAGCUGCAGGAGGCGAUGGACAGACAGAGUAAGGAGCUCCUGCACCUGAAGGAGCGUAUGGCGUCUCUCUGCAGCCACGUCGCUGAGCUGGAGGAGGAUCUGGACACGGCCCGCAAAGACCUCAUCAGGUCCGAGGAUAUCAACAGCCGCCUGCAGAGAGACUUACGAGAGUCUCUGGCUCAGAAGGAAGACAUGGAGGAGAGGAUCACCACGCUGGAGAAGCGCUACCUAGCGGCUCAGAGAGAAGCCACGUCUGUCCACGACCUCAACGACAAACUGGAGAACGAGAUCGCCAACAAGGACUCGCUGGUCUGCCAGAUGGAGGACAAGGGCAGGCAGCUGCAGGAGCGUCUGGAGCUGGCGGAGCAGAAGCUGCAGCAGACACUGCGUAAGGCCGAGACGCUGCCGGAGGUGGAGGCAGAGCUGGCGCAGAGGGUCGUGGCCCUCACUAAGGCGGAGGAGCGUCACGGGAACGUGGAGGAGCGUCUCAGACAGAUGGAGGCUCAGCUGGAGGAGAAGAACCAGGAGCUGCUCAGGGCCCGUCAGCGAGAGAAGAUGAACGAAGAGCACAACAAACGUCUGUCGGAGACGGUGGACAAACUGCUGUCUGAAUCCAACGAGAGGCUGCAGCUGCACCUGAAGGAGCGCAUGUCUGCGCUGGAGGACAAGAACGCUCUGAUCCGGGAUCUGGAGCACACCAAGAAGCUGAUAGAAGAGGCUCAUCAUGAGAAGGAGCAGCUGCUCAUCCAGAUCGAGAGCAUGAGGGCCGAACACGAGCGCGGCCGCAGCAGGAGCAACUCUCUGCUGCAUCAUGGGCGCUCUCACGCGAGCGGCACGCCGGACUUCAGGUACCCGGUGUCGGUGUCGUCAGCAAUGGACAGUCACUACAGCGGCGCGCUGGUGCUCAGACGACCGCAGAAGGGCCGCGUGUCUGCGCUGCGAGACGAGCCCUUAAAGGUGCAGACGCUGGACGAGCAGGAGUGGGACCGGCUGCAGCAGGCUAAUGUUCUGGCUAGCGUGGCUCACGCAUUUGAGAGCGACAUGGACGUGUCAGACGUGGAGGACGACAGAGAUACGGUCUUCAGCUCCAUGGACCUCCUGUCUCCUGCUGGACAGGCAGACGCUCAGACGCUCGCCCUGAUGCUGCAGGAGCAGCUGGAUGCCAUCAACAACGAGAUACGGAUGAUCCAGGAGGAGAAGGAGUGCACCGCGCUGAGAGCCGAGGAGAUCGAGAGCCACGUGGGCAGCGGAGAUGAUCUGGGCAGCCGCUUCCGCUCCAUGACGUCCCUCCAGCCCUCCUUCCACAGCUCCUCUCCGCCUGGAUCCGGUCACUCCACGCCCCGCCGGCCCUCACACAGCCCCAGCAGAGAGCUGGACCGCAUGGGGGUCAUGACCCUGCCUAGCGAUUUGCGGAAGCAUCGUAGGAAGUGCGCACAAGACGAUAAAGCCACUAUUAGAUGUGAGACGUCUCCUCCGUCCACACCGUCCUCCGUGAGACUCCAUAAAGGAGCGCUGCACACCGCCAGCCACGAGGACAUCAGAGACAUACGGGGCGCCGGGCUGCAGGACGGAGCGGGCAGCAAUCCCAGCAGCAGCAACAGCAGUCAGGACUCACUCAACAAAGGAGCCAAGAAGAAGAGCAUCAAGUCCUCCAUCGGCCGACUGUUCGCAAAGAAAGAGAAGGCUCGAGCCAGUCCGCUGUGGAAAGAGUCUCCUGGGCCAGCGCUGGCAGGUUCGCCUGAUGGAGGAAGUGCACAGGACGCCAUGACCCUCGGGAAGAUGGGCGGCCCUGCAGAGAAGAACCGAAAGCUGCAGAAGAAACAUGAGUUGCUGGAGGAAGCCUGUCGGCAGGGUCUGCCAUUCGCUCAUUGGGACGGUCCCACGGUGGUGGUGUGGCUUGAGCUGUGGGUCGGGAUGCCUGCGUGGUAUGUAGCGGCGUGCCGUGCUAAUGUGAAGAGCGGAGCCAUCAUGUCUGCUCUGUCUGACACCGAGAUCCAGCGCGAGAUUGGCAUCAGCAACCCUCUUCAUCGCCUCAAACUACGCCUCGCCAUUCAGGAGAUCAUGUCUCUCACCAGCCCGUCAGCGCCACCUACCUCCAGAACGACUCUGGCGUAUGGUGACAUGAACCACGAGUGGAUCGGUAACGACUGGCUGCCGAGCCUCGGUCUGCCUCAGUACCGCAGCUACUUCAUGGAGUCGCUGGUGGACGCUCGUAUGCUGGAUCAUCUGACCAAAAAAGACCUGCGCAGUCAGCUCAAAAUGGUGGACAGCUUCCACAGGAACAGUUUUCAGUGUGGCGUGAUGUGUUUGAGGCGACUGAACUACGACAGGAAAGAGCUGGAGCGGAGGCGUGACGAGUCCCAGGUGGAGGUCAGAGAUGUGCUGGUGUGGACGAACGAGCGCGUGCUCAGCUGGGUCCAGGCCAUCGGGCUGAAGGAGUAUGCUGGGAAUCUUCUGGAGAGCGGCGUUCACGGAUCGCUCCUCGCUUUAGACGAGUCCUUCGACCACAACGCCUUGGCGCUGCUGCUGCAGAUCCCUACACAGUGCACACAGGCGAGGGCGGUACUGGAGCACGAGUACAGCCGUCUGUUAGCCGCAGGAACGGAGAGGAGACUAGAGGAGGAUGAUGACAAGAACUUCCGCCGUGCGCCAUCCUGGAGGAAGAAGUUCCGGCCCAAAGAUGUGCGCGGAAUGAGUGUGAGCUCCGCCGACACGCUGCCUGCUAGCUUCAGAGUUAGCGCUGGAGACGUGUCCUCCGCCGCCCUGCUGACCAAGAAAUCACAGCUGGACGGAGGUGUGAGUGUUCAGCGUCUGGAUUCAGCUGCUGUCAGAACCUACUCCUGCUGAUCGUCUCAGGUGCAGCAGAAGCGGACGAGGCCCGUCAGGCUGGAGUUUCAGAGGAUGAGGAUCGGUUUGGUUUCUGUCGCAGACCCGUGAUCCGUCAGAACUCUGUCAGCGUCUGCCAGCAGAAACGUUAGAUUCGACGCCUCUAUUCAUGUAAACCGAGGGACGUUCACUAAUUUAGCAGUCUCGUAUCGACUUUUGCUUGAUUUUAUUUGGUCACCUUUUAAUUCUGGCGUCCUAAUUCAGUUCAACUCUUUUAGCUGUAAUUUAUGUAUCACAAGUCCAAAGUUUGUACAUUUCCGUCUGUAGACGUAAUCUAACUUUUAUCAUUCUCUGUGAGUAUUUUUAUCUGCUACUUAUUCCUUUUGUUUAAUUCAUCCGGCUAAAAGUACUUUGUGUGAUUUAUCUUAACUUUGCUCUUCUCUUAAUUGAUUUUCCUCUGUUGAUUGUGAGAAAGUGGCCCGAAUCAAUGGCGUUGCGUGAAUAUCUGGGUUGGUACGUGUUUUAUAUCCUCUGAUACCAAAUCAAACCCUUGGAUAAGCCAUAAUUUGUAAUAAUUAUGAGGGCUAUUUUGAAUACAUCUUUCUACAGAUGUGAUCAUGAUGCAAGGUUUUUCUAGCAUCUGUUUCUGAAAGUUGCUGUUUAUCCAUUCCCUGUGCUGCAUUAGAGGUGUGUGUGUGUGUGUGUGUGUGUGUGUGUGUGUGUGUGUGUGUGUCUGUGACAGUGAGUGCG